AGAUAGUGUCAUCUCUGGGCCACUUUUGACUGGUGACUAGAUUUCUAACUAGAAAUUUAGAGCAUAUCCAGAAGAGACAAAGACAAUAUCCCAGUUGCUGGCCAUUUCUCAGAACAGAAGAAAAUGAUCAAUGCCCAGGACCAUGCUGUUACAGGAAUCGCUGACACUGGAGGACGUGGCCGUGGACUUCACCUGGGAGGAAUGGCAGCUCCUGGCCCCCGCCCAGAAGGACCUGUACCGGGACGUGAUGUUGGAAAACUACAGCAACCUGGUGUCAGUGGGGUAUCAAGCCAGCAAACCAGAUGCACUCUCCAAGCUGGAACGAGGGGAGGAACCGUGCACGAAACAGGAGGAAGUCCCCAGUGGAACCCGGCCAGAACCUAGCAAAGUUGAUAAUCACCUGCAAGGUCACUGGGAAAAUCCAAGAAUGCUGAAAGGUAUGGAACAAAACCACAAACACAAUGCAUUUGGAAAUAUUCCUCAAAGCAAAAGUCAUUUUCCUUCCAGGCAAAAUCAUAUGCUUGAGUUCUAUAUAAAAACUUUGAAAUCAAAUUUAAGUUUAGUCAACCAGAGCAAAAGCUAUGAAAUUAAAAACUCUACUAAAUUCAAUGGAGAUGAGAAAUUAUUUCUGCAUGAUAAGCAGGAAGAUUUUAAUUCUGCUAUUAAACUCCCUAUAAGUGCAAAACCUAUUAGCAAUAAGUCACAAGUCGUUAAGUAUCAGAGAACUCGUGAAAUAGAGAAACCCCAUGUAUGCAGUGAAUGUGGAAAAGCCUUCAUUAAGAAGUCCCAGCUCACAGAUCACCACAGAGUUCAUACAGGAGAGAAACCUUAUGGAUGCAAUAUUUGUGCGAAAGUAUUCUCCAGAAAGUCCAGGCUCAACGAACAUGAGAGAAUUCAUAAAAGAGAGAAAUCCUUUCUAUGCAAUGAUUGUGGAAAAGUCUUCACCAUGAAGAGCCGUCUAAUUGAACACCAGCGAACUCACACUGGAGAGAAACCAUAUGUAUGCAGUGAAUGUGGAAAAGGUUUCCCAGGGAAGCGUAAUCUCAUUGUACAUCAGCGAAAUCAUACUGGAGAGAAAUGCUAUGUAUGCAGUGAAUGUGGAAAGGGCUUCACUGGGAAGAGCAUGCUCAUCAUACACCAGCGAACUCAUACAGGAGAGAAACCCUACAUCUGCAGUGAAUGUGGGAAAGGCUUCACCACGAAGCACUAUGUCAUCAUACAUCAACGAAAUCACACAGGAGAAAAACCCUAUAUAUGCAAUGAAUGUGGGAAAGGUUUCACGAUGAAGAGUCGACUGAUUGAACAUCAGCGAACUCACACAGGUGAGAAACCCUAUGUAUGCGAUGAAUGUGGAAAAGGCUUUCCCAGGAAGAGUAAUCUCAUUGUACAUCAGAGAAAUCAUACAGUAGAGAAAUCCUAUGUAUGCAGUGAAUGUGGAAAAGGUUUCACUGUGAAGAGCAUGCUCAUCAUACACCAACGAACUCAUACUGGAGAGAAACCCUACAUCUGCAGUGAAUGUGGGAAAGGCUUCCCCUUGAAGAGUCGACUGGUCGUACAUCAACGAACACACACUGGAGAGAAACCUUACAGAUGCAGUGAAUGUGGGAAAGGUUUCAUUGUGAAUAGUGGACUGAUGUUACAUCAGCGAACUCACACUGGAGAGAAACCCUAUAUAUGCAAUAAAUGUGGAAAAGGUUUUGCCUUUAAGAGCAAUCUUGUGGUACAUCAGCGAACUCAUACUGGAGAGAAACCCUUUACAUGCAGUGAAUGUGGAAAAGGCUUCACCAUGAAACGCUAUCUCAUUGUACAUCAACAAAUCCAUACAGGGGAGAAAUCGUACAUAUGCAGCGAAUGUGGUAAAGGCUUUGCUAUGGAAACUGAGCUCAUUUUACAUCAGCAAAUUCAUACUGGAGAGAAACCUUAUGCAUGCAAUGAAUGUGGUAAAGGCUUCACUGUGAAAAGCCGACUAAUCGUUCAUCAGCGAACUCAUACAGGAGAGAAACCUUUUAUAUGCAGUGAAUGUGGAAAAGGCUUCUCCUCAAAGAGAAAUCUUAUUGUACAUCAGCGAACUCAUAGUGGAGAGAAACCUUAUGUGUGCAGUGAAUGUGGAAAAGGCUUCACUGUGAAAAGCAAUCUCAUUGUGCAUCAGCGAACUCAUACAGGGGAGAAACCCUAUAUAUGCACUGAAUGCGGAAAAGGCUUCACCAUGAAGCGCUAUCUUGUUGUCCAUCAGCGAACUCAUACUGGAGAGAAACCCUAUAUAUGUAGUGAGUGUGGAAAAGGCUUCACAGUGAAGAGUAAUCUCAUCGUACAUCAGCGAUCUCAUACUGGGGAAAAAUCUUAUAUGUGCAAUGAAUGUGGAAAAGGCUUCACCACAAAGCGCACUCUCAUUAUACAUCAGCGAACUCACACAGGAGAGAAAUCUUACUUAUGUAAUGAAUGUGGAAAAGGCUUCACCACAAAGCGCACCCUUAUUAUACAUCAGCGGACUCACACAGGAGAGAAACCCUAUGAAUGCAAUGAGUGUGGUAAAGCCUUCAGUCAGAAGAUAUGCCUCAUACAACAUGAGAGAUGUCAUACAGGAAAAACUCCCUUUGUGUGUACUGAGUGUGGAAAAUCCUAUUCUCACAAAUAUGGUCUCAUUACCCAUCAGAGAAUUCACACGGGAGAGAAACCCUAUGAGUGCAAUGAAUGUGGAAAAGCCUUCACCACAAAGUCAGUACUCAAUGUCCAUCAAAGAACUCAUACAGGAGAGAGACCAUAUGGAUGCAGCGAUUGUGAGAAAGCCUUCUCCCACUUGUCAAACCUUGUUAAACAUAAGAAAAUGCACACAAGAGAAAUGGGUAGAUUCAGUCAAGUUGUAAAUCCUUUAACACAGAGUCACAGCUCAUUACUUAUUAGUGAACUCCUACAAAACAGAAGCCCUAUGAAUGUGAUGACUGUGGAAAUGCCUUCUGUGGCAACGGCUUCUCUGGCAACCAAGACUUCAUUAAACAUCAGUGUUUCCAGCAGAUUGGAAUGUAAUCAUGGUACUGCUGGUUGUUGAUGUGUGUCCUGCGGAGAUUAAAAACUUGUCUAGGAGGUAAAUCUGGGAGCUACAGUGAAUGUGUUGUAGUGCCUUCAGUGAUCCUUACCUCAUAUUUUCUGUCAGUGAAAACAUGUUGGGAAAACUCUGAUACAUUCAAUGUGGAAAUGCUUUGAGCAAAACUUUCUAGCUUCAUUAUAUUCUGAAAAGUGUAUGCUGAGAUAAAUUCUGUGAAUGCAGAGACUAGAAAGGCUUUCAGGGGGAAGGUAGACUUUAUUAUCAGGGAUCAUCAUAAAUCAUCAGUGAGCUUAUUGUUUAUAGAAAUAUGAUUUAAAAAAAAAUUUAUGAUGACCAUGGGAAAGCUCUUACCCAGAAAGAAGACCUCAGUGAGGGUCAGAGUCCACACUGGAGAAAAACUUCAAGAGGACGAUAUAUAUAUAUAUGGCAGGAUAUCAGUGACACAUUCUGCCUCGUUUUGUCAGGAAAUCAUAGAGAAAUGAAAACUUCAUGAACAUACUAAAUGUAGAGCACCUGCAGUCAAAUAUCAGAGAACUUAUGAAGAAAUGAAGUCCUGUGAAAGUGGUAAAUGUCGGUGCUUUUAAAUGUUACAAGUCUGACCUCAUUAUACAUCAGAUAAUUCACCUGAUGUACAUUUUCAGAUGAUACUUUGAAACCCUUUUCUAGUGGCCUUGUCAGUAAUUCCUUAGUUUUAAAAAGUAUAGUCUGCUUUCCUCAUCACUGAUUAUUUAUUGUUAUACACCGUGCAGAGUGUUCUAUGGAGUAUUCUAGGACUACUCUGUAUCAUAAGAUUUUUUACCUUUCUUUGGCUCUAAACUUAAUUGUAAAUUUAGUAUACUGAAGUAGUUUUUUGGCUUUUUUUAAAGAUUUUAUUUAUUUGACAGAGACACAGCAACAGAGGGAACACAGGCAGGGAGAGUGGGAGAGGGAGAAGCAGGCCUCCUGCUGAGCAGGGAACCCGAUGCGAGGCUCGAUCCCAGGACCCUGGGAUCAUGACCUGAGCCGAAGACAGACGCUUAACCAUCUGAGCCACCCAGGUGCCCCACAUACUGAAGUAGUUUAAAAGGAAACUGUUUUAAAUUUAUAAAAUAACAAGUAUUUAUACUUGCUUAACUAAGUUUAUAAAUAUGACCAAAUAUUUUAUAAAACCACCUUCCAAGUUAUUUUUAUAAAAUGUUUAAUUUGAAAUCAUUUUAACUUACAAGAAAUUGCAAAAUAGUCCAGAAGACUUCCCUAGUAUCCUUUACCUAACACCUCCCAGUAAAAACAUUUAUGUAAGCCACAUCUUAUUGAAUCCAGGAAAAUGACAUUGGUAGUAUACUGUUAGCUAAGCCCUUAACCUUAUUUGGAUUUCAUUAGAUUUUCAUGGGUUUUUUUUUAUGUUGUAAUUCUAAGAAGUUUUAUUACAUAUAUAGAUUCAUGUAACCACUACCACAACCAUCACAUAAGACUGUAAUCAACACAGAUUUCCUCAUUAUACCUUUUUAUGCUCAUUCCCUUUAUCCAAACCUACCUCUAGCAACCACUUACCUGUUUUCCAUCAGUAUAAUUGUAUAAUUUUAUGAAUGUUACAAAAAUCAUUUUUACAACUGGAUUUUAUAUAUUUUAUAUAUAGGUUGUAUUUAUUCAUAUAAUUUUUUAUAUUUUUUCCAUAAAAGUUAUAUUAUUAACUAUAUACAAAUUUAUAAUUUUUUAUUGGUAGGAAGUAUGUAAGCUUUUCAUGUUUUUGUCAUUUGGCAAAUUGCUCCGAAGACUUACGUGAGUUAAUGGAUGGUUGUUUUUAUUAGUGAGUAAUACACAUACUGGAUGACCAGUUUGUUUAUCCCUUCAUUCUUGGAAGAGAUUUCCUCGUUUCAACUGUUGUAAAGAUGGUAUGAAAUCUGCAUACAGGGUUUUGUGUGAACAUAAGUUUUCAUUUCUCUACAAUAAAUACUCAGGUGUAUGAUUGUGGGGAUGUAUGGUAAGUUGUGUUUAGCCUUAUAAGAAACUACCCUCUUCUAUUAUGGCUGUGCUCUUUUACAUUCUCACCAGCAGUGUAUGAAAUAUUGUUCUGUGUCCUCUCUAGCACUUGGUAUUCAGUGCAUUUGACACUUGAACAACAUGGGGGUUAGGGGCACUGACGCCCAGGCAGUUGAGAAUCCACGUAUAACUUAACUACCAAUAGCCUGCUGUUGACUGGAAGCCUUACCAAUAACAUAAACAGUCGAUUAUGUGUUAUAUACUAUAUUCUUAAAGUAAGCUAAAAGAAAACCAGACUUCUGGGGCGCCCGGGUGACUAAGUCAGUUAAGUGUCUGACUCGGCUUUGGCUUAGGUCAUGAUCUCAUGGGUCGUGGGAUUGAGCCCUGCGUCAGGAUCUGAGCUCAGUGCCAGGUCUGCUUGAAAAAUUCUAUCCCUCUGCCCCUCCCCCUGUUUGCUUGCUCUCUUUCAAAUAAAUAAAUCUUUAAAAAAAAAUAAGACUUAUGGGGAAGACAAAUACCAUAUGAUUUCACUCAU